GUUUUCUAAUACAGUUCUUUAUUAUGCCUGUGUAGAUUGUUGUCUAACAAUAUUAUUUCUUGUUAGUUGUAUUUUUGUAUACUUAAUACUUACAUUUUUUUAAGUCACUCUUUUUUUUCUGUAGACAAUUUAGAACAAACAAUCAGUAAGUUAAGUUUGAAUUGUUUUAGUUACUAUAUUAAAGUAUUUUUAUGCUGUGUUAGUAUUCCUUGUUGAAAAAAUGUUUUGAUUUAAAUUUUUUUUUUAAAAGAUUCAAGUUUAAGAAAAAAGAUUGUUAAAUGGUCAAUUAAUGUAGCACAUAAAAACAGAUUUACAAAUCAACUGUAUCGAUGCAAAGUGAGAGAUGAGAUUUGCCAAAGACAAAAAAUCAAGCGCCAAAAAAUGGAUGAAAAAGUAAAAAGAAAGUUAGAGCGUGAGCUAUCCAAAUUGAGUUUUAACAAAAUUAUUAAUUCAUGCAAGCGCUUGUCCAAUGACCAACUAUUUGAUUUAGAAGAUGUCAUGUCAGAUAGAUUUGUUUGGAAGAAACUAGAACAUGAAUGGUACGAUCCAAAAACAUGCAAAAGUGUUUUAUAUAGCGAAAGAGUAGAAAAAGUUAAUAAAAGAAAAAAUAACUUUAUUUACACCACUUCUUACUGGAAAGAUGAUGAAACUGAUAUUGGAGCUGUUGACUAUUGCAUGAAAAAGAUCCAGCUUGCUGCUGAUGUUGUUUCCAGAAAUUUGUUUAUUAACCGAAGAAAAUGGUUAGCUCGUUAACCAUACUGUAUGGUUCUGUUAAUGUGAGAAUCACAUGAAAGACAAUAAUAUAGAUAUUUGCUAUACUUGGUUAUAAAGAUGACAUGUUUUUUAAAGCCAAUUGACUUAAUUAUAGCCCCACAAUAGUAGUUGCACAAUUUUUUUAAUAAUAUAUAACCAAUUAAAUAAUAAUAUUAAGUUAGAGGGGGAAGGGGCAUUAGAAUGCCUCUUUCCCCUUUAAAACAUCAUCAGCAUAUCUACUAUGAGUUUUACAUUCAUCUUCCAUAUUUGAUGGUUGUCUGAUAUGAAUUUAUUUUUUAAUUUAUUUCCAAUUUCAUGAUUUCAUUUUUAAAUUUAUUAUUCAAAUUUUGAAAACAGUAAUUGUAUAUAUUUUUUUAGGAUGGGUGGGGGGGGGGCAUACGCCCUCCUGUAAUAGAAACACCACUUGUAGACAUAAGAUCAUGUAUAACAUAAUUUUAUAUUGUAUACUAAUUUUACACAUUCCAGUAAAGAUAUAAAUAUAAAA